CGGACGCAGGGCGGUCGUUGUGUCAAAAGUCGUGAUCAUUGUUGUCUCGCACGCCUUCGACUUCACCUGUUUAACAACUACCUAACAUAUAAUCUUUCUCUGGAUUGGGCACGGUAUUUUGGCCAGCCAUGGCUCGAACGAUCUUUUCGAUUGCAUGGGGGCUCCUCUGUCUUUUCGUUGCCAUCCUUGUAAAGCCAUUGGUGGCGCAACAAGAGCAACAACCUCUCCAGGCGGCCAAGGCGAGGCCAAACAUUCUCUUCAUCUUGACCGAUGAUCAGGACCUCCACAUGGACUCUUUGUCCUACAUGCCCAACCUGAAAAGGCAUCUCAUCGAGCGGGGGUCCACUUUCACCAAUCAUUAUUGUACGGUAGCGCUAUGCUGUCCUUCCAGAGUGUCGUUAUGGACGGGGAAAGCCGCACACAACACAAAUGUCACCGAUCUACAUCCUCCUUGGGGUGGCUAUCCGAAAUUCGUAUCUCAAGGCUUCAACGAGGACUAUCUCCCCGUAUGGCUCCAAGCUGCAGGCUACAACACCUACUACGUCGGAAAGCUGUUCAACGCGCACACCGUCGACAACUAUCAUUCGCCACAUGCUGCCGGCUGGACCGGGAGUGACUUUCUGCUAGACCCUUUCACCUAUCGAUACCUCAAUGCCACCUUUCAACGGAAUCACGACAAGCCUGUCAAUUAUGAAGGAUCGUACUCCACGGAUGUGGUCGUGGAGAAGGCCCACGGUUUUCUUGAUGACGCUAUACACGCGUUGGACGAAAAGGACGAACCUUUCUUUCUUACGGUCGCACCAAUAGCGCCUCAUAGCGAUGUGAUCAUCCGAAGGAAGAUCAUCAGCGGACAGGUCUCAAACCAAUCAGCUACUCAGGCCCCUCCGAUCCCGGCAGAUCGACAUAAACAUCUUUUCGAGGAUGUCGUAGUUCCCAGAAACCCCAACUUCAAUCCGGAUACGCCUGGUGGAGCCUCCUGGAUAGCCAAACUGCCUCAACAAGAUGAAGAGAACGUUGAAUACAACGACGAUUGGUAUCGCAACCGACUACGAACACUCCAAGUCGUCGACGAGAUGGUGGAGUCCUUGAUAUCACGGCUCUCCGAAGCCGGCAUCCUGGAAAAUACGUACAUCUUCUACAGUACCGAUAACGGGUACUCGAUUGGACAGCAUCGGCGGCAGCCUGGAAAGCAGUGCGCAUUCGAGGAGGACAUCAAUGUGCCUCUCAUUGUCCGCGGCCCCGGCAUUCCCCAAGGACUGCAAAGGGAUCUGGUCACUACUCACACAGAUCUGGCGCCCACUUUCCUGUCUCUGGCCAACGCUGCUCCACCGAGUAAGUUUGAAUUGGAUGGGCAAGCCAUACCGUUGUCACCGUUUCAGCCCGCUUCGAAUGGCAAUGUAGACGCCGUCCCUGCUUCCGUGUUGGACUGGCCACAAGAACAUGUCAAUGUUGAGAUGUGGGGCAUCAUCAUGUCCGAGGGCAAGUACGGUAUGGUACAGUAUCCAAACCAUACUUACAAGGCUCUACGAAUCGUCGGGCGAACCUAUAAUUUGCUGUAUACGAUAUGGUGCAGCAACGAACACGAACUGUACGAUAUGACGAGCGACCCUUAUCAGCUCGUCAACCUAUACAACACCAACGAAGCACCCGAAGAGAGCGUGUCAAUAGUGCACGCAAACAUCUCAGAAGCCUCCUGCACUCUCAUUCAGUCUCUGCCGCUGGGCAACACAACUUCGGAAUCUCCGAACUGCAACGCAGCAGGUUUCGAGAAGGCCUCAGCUCGCUCACCGCUCGUCCAUCGCCUCGAUGCCCUGCUCAUGGUCCUCAAAACUUGCGUCGGAAGACAAUGCACACACCCAUGGGAGAGUUUGUUCCCGUCAGGCAAAGUGCGCAGCCUGACUGACGCCCUUGACUCGAAGUACGAUGAUUUCUUCGCGAACGGCGUUGAUCGUGUCCAGUUCACGCAGUGCGAGAGGGGGUACAUUGCGGAGAGCGAAGGGCCGAUGUGGGAUGGCACGCAGGCGUUUCCCAUGUACGAGGAGAUGGCUUAUCGGUGAUUGAAUGAGUGGCUCGGGAUUGCUAUUGGCUUCCAAUUGUGUUCCGGCGAGAUCGUCGACUGGUUCAUUAACGAACGGUUCCCUGCGGGGUCUCUUUCUCAGCUGCAGGCAGCAGUGCCCUCAGCUGGCCUUGGCGAAAAGUAAAUCAUCCAGUGAUAGACACCGAGAUACACACUUUGUAGUGCA